UUAACCCUGCCCCGACCCCGCCAUGGAUAUCGUACGAGCCGCCAGCGAUAUGUUCUGGUCGACGAAGAUUUGGCUGCCGCCGAAUAUCACCUGGGAAGACAUUCGGCCCGGCGUACGACCGGAUGUCAACCACGCCGACUACCGGCACCUGAUCUAUCCGAUUCCGCUGGCCGUCGUCAUCAUGAUGCUUCGGUCGCUGGUCGAACGGUUUUGGAUUGCACCGAUCGGCAAAGCAAUUGGUAUCAAGAGCACUGGACCAAAGCCACCGAAAGCUAACAAAACGCUCGAAGCAGCGUACAAUUCCAACAACCGGCUGAACCACAAAACGACGUUGCGCCUCACGAAGCAGCUGGACAUGACGGAGCGACAGGUGGAGUACUGGUGGCGGCGGCGCCGGGCCCAGGACAAACCGACGACGCUGGUGAAGUUUUGCGAAACCUCGUGGCGGUGCAUCUACUACACGUACAGCUUCAUCUUCGGUUGCAUCGUAAUGUGGGACAAAUCGUGGCUGUGGGACAUCAAGCAAUGCUGGUACGGCUACCCGCACCAGUCGGUGUCGAACGACAUCUGGUGGUACUACAUGAUCUCGAUGGCCUUCUACUGGUCGCUGACCGCAUCGCAGUUCUUCGACGUGAAGCGAAAAGACUUCUGGCAAAUGUUUGCCCACCACAUGAUCACGAUCCUGCUGAUGGCCCUUAGUUGGGUCUGCAACCUGCACCGAGUCGGCUCGCUCGUCCUCCUCGUCCACGAUUGUGCUGAUAUUUUCCUCGAGUCGGCGAAGCUGACCAAGUACGCCCAGUACCAGAAGGUGUGCGACACCAUCUUCGCCUUCUUCACCGUGAUCUGGAUCAUCACGCGGCUCAUGUUGUACCCGCGCAUCAUCUACAGCUCGUCGGUCGAAGCACCCCAGAUACUGCCGAUGUUCCCGGCGUACUACAUCUUCAACACGCUGCUCAUACUGCUGCUGGUGCUGCACAUCGGCUGGACGUAUUUGAUUCUUCAGAUCGUGGUAAAAGCAAUCAAAGCAGGACAGAUGGAGGGUGACGUGCGGUCCAGUUCCAGUGACGAAAUCUCCGAUAGUUCGGAAAAUUCUCGCCCAACCCUGUCGAACGGUGGAACGCCCAAAAAGCCGGCGACACCAAGCAAGAACGGGACGACGGACCGACGGAUGGGUCAGUAAAGGAACGGUGUCUCGCAUUGAGGCACACCACCCGGGCCAUCACUACUCAUCACCAUGAAGCUGGAACAUCACGACGAUGGCAGGCGCAGCUGCCUACGGUGCUGCUGCUUUUGCUGCUUUUGAGUGUUACGGCAGGCAAGCCACGGAACAAAAACCCCUGUACCCACAUAUGAAGCAAGGAACAGCCCAUUUAUCCUACUACUUGUUACUGCUCCCUCCUCCUGCUCCUUGUUGCGAUCGACUACCUAUUAUUGGUAAAAACAAACAAAACACAAACACUUUUAUUGGACCUAAACAAACGUGCGUGCAACAACGCCGUGGCCUUCGCCACAGCAGGGUCUCUUCUGCUACCCAUGGCGAUGUUGUUUGGUGCAUAACUAAUGAGAGAGAUGGAUGGUCCACGUUUCGAUCAAGCAACAAGCAAACUACCAAAACGUAAACGCCGGCGGAGGACUACUUUUCACGAUUCUUGUAUGGUUUUCACAGCGCUCCGCAACCAACCCUUUUUAGGAUAAAAUGUUUAAAUGAUAGAGUGAUAGUUUGUAAGAAAAGGGGGUUAAAAAAGCUGACGAAGGGAGCAUGAGAAAGCAGAGGGAUGGACUUCGACACGUUGGGCGUUAGAUUAGAGAAGAAGAUCCCUUAAAGCGACUACAACACGGGGUCUGAGGGGGGACUGAGGCGCAAAACAAUGUGAAACCUAAAGAAACGGUAGAGAGUAAGGUAUUUAUUAGCUUAGUAAAUUGGCAGAAAACAAAACAAAUCCAAGCGCCGCUAUUCAUCAGCGGGACCGGGUUGGGCCGGACGAAGCAGACAGUGGACAAUCGGGACAUCAUAAUGAACCGACGGUGACGAUCGAUCCGAAGAGAGAGAGAGAGAUAGAGAGUGUGAUCGCUGUUGCUGCCGCUGCGACAGUUUGUGUUGAAGCAAACGAGCUUCGCGCGGGCGAUAAUAAACUGUUUGUACAUUACUCUGCUACACUAGAAGCGACUAAACAAAUCAAACCGAAACAGAUCGAAAUCCAGAUGGGCAAGCGGUGGGCCCCCGGCAGUUGGCCAUUCUAAGUUGACUACGGCAUGGAGGUUAAUUGCAACAAAAUCCAUUUUUGGAUAUCUAUCUAAAACAUAGCGAGAGACCAACACCGAACCGAACACAUUCCGUUACCGCUUCGAUUCGUGCGUGCAAACUAUGAUUAAGAAUGUU